AUCCACGCAGGGUGGAGGGGUUUAUAAGGCAGCGCGAGGAGGCCACACGCCACUCCGACUCAAACACUUCAGAGCACAAGCAGCAAGACUCCGAAGCCGAGAGUACAAGUACCAACCGCGACAGGAGAAAAAGCAUUUCGUUCUUUGCCCGUUAUUCGCUCGCUCGCUCUCGCUGGAAUACAGAAGCAGCAGAAGCAGCGUUAGAAGAGGUUGGUAGUAAACUCUCUGGAGUUUGGUCAGAGUCGCUUUGUGCCGUUGCGCUUGUGGAAGUGAAGUGCACCGAGACUUGGACAUCGUGCCCGGGGCGUCUGGACGCGCUGUGACCCGUUCCCGCAGCCCAGCAUUCCCGCGGAAGACUUUGAGACUCGGAUGGAGAGCGCUUGUUGACACGCUAGAGUAACUCAGUAACAGAUAUGUCCCCUUCAAUCUAGUGAAGAAUCAAACCCUCCAUCCGCAUUUAUCGAAGUGAACACAUCAAACUCCUGCCAGAUCAAAGAAGCCCAGUUAACUCCUAUCAAAGGGUCCAUCUGUCCUCCUGAAGCGAGAACAUGGAGCGGCGGUUCGUCUCAUUGGCGCUGUGCGCUUGCAUGUGCGUGAUGUUCGCCCCGGGCAUCUCCACUCCCUCCGGGCCAGCAUCUGCCACCUGUGCCACCCUGGAGCAAAGCCGCUUCUUCGGUGUGUUCUCCUCUAAGACCGCCCUGUCAUCAGCGCCGUGCUCCUGGACCCUGCAGAACCCCGAUCCUCGCCGCUACACCGUCUUCAUGAAGAUCACCAAGCCUACCGAGUCCUGCACCCCACGACAGAUCCAGACCUUCCAGUUCGACUCGUUCCUGGAGACCUCUCGCACGUACCUGGGCAUGGAGAGCUUCGACGAGGUGGUCCGACUGUGUGACGCCUCCUCCGCGGUGGCCUACCUGGAGUCCAGCAAACAGUUCCUGCAGGUGCGGAAGGUAAUGCCACGUCUGGGUGCAGAACCCGUGGAGGAAGACGAAGGCAGCGACGAAGGCAGCCAGUUCAAUGCCGAGUUUCUGGUCGUGGGGAAGAGGAACCCAAGCAUGCCAGCCUGCGAGAUGCUGUGUCAAUGGUUGGAAGACUGCCUGGCCACCAGCACCCAUGGAAACCCCUGCGGCAUCAUGAUGACCCCCUGCCAGUGCUGGGAGCCUCCUAAAAGGAGGACCGGUGGCUGCUACAGGGGCGGAGUCUACACCGAGAAGUGCUCGCCUACCGUUAGAGACAGCAACCGCGACGCCGAGAUCAUGAAAGGCUGGAACGGGUGGGGCCGCUGGUCCGAGUGCAGUAAUGAGUGCGGUGGCGGAGUCCAGGUGCGCAGCCGCGUGUGCCAGCCUGAGGAUGGUGUCUGUGAGGGCGUCGUAGAGGAGGGACGGGCCUGCAACCCUCAGCCCUGCAUAGGUCAAGUACGACAGAGAAGUCAAGGUCUGCGUUCAAUCAUCGGCCAGCGGCGUGAUGCUGAUGGCACCGUCAUGGUGAACCAGGCCCCUCAGAAAGAAGAGGUCCAGCAGGACACAUGGUCUUCAUGGAGCAUGUGUUCCGUGAGUUGUGGUGAAGGUUUUCAAUCACGCUCACGCUCCUGCAUGACGUCCACUUACAGCACCCAGUGCACCGGCCCUUUGAGAGAGAAUCGACCCUGCAACAACACCGCCGCCUGCCCAGUGAACGGAGCGUGGGACGAAUGGGCUCCCUGGAGUUUGUGCUCGUCCACAUGUGGCCGUGGAUACCGUGAUCGUGUCCGUACCUGCAAACAGCCUCAGCACGGCGGAGAACCCUGCCGUGGACCUGUCAAACAGACCAAGUUCUGCAACAUCGCCGUCUGCCCAGUUGACGGCUACUGGAACGACUGGUCCGCAUGGACUCCUUGCUCUGCCUCUUGCUCAAAUGGAACGAUGCAGAGAACUCGUGAGUGUAACGGCCCCUCGUACGGAGGCUCGGAGUGCAGGGGAGAAUGGCAAGAAACCACCAACUGCUUCCUCAGAGACUGCCCAGUGGACGGGAGAUGGCUGUUGUGGAGCUCAUGGGGCAGUUGCAGCAAGUCCUGCGGUGGAGGCCAUCAGCUCAGACAGAGAGUGUGUGAAGGACCUUUCUUUGGUGGAGAGCCAUGCAUCGGAGAUAAAUCAGAACUGAGAAACUGCAAUGAGAAGCGGUGCCCAGAACCUCAUGAGAUCUGCGGGGAGGAGAACUACGGCAGUGUGGUGUGGAAGAAAACGCCCGCGGGCGACACGGCUGCUGUGACCUGCCCUUCUGAUGCCACAGGCCUGAUCCUGCGUAGAUGCACUCUGGAUGCCAUAGGUCUGGCCUUCUGGGAGAACCCCACUCACAUCAAAUGCAUCUCCAAGGAAUUCCAGGACAUCCAGACCCUGAUGCGUGAUCACGUGACUCGGUCUCAGAGCGGUCAGCUGGUGGACGGUGUGUCUGAGGUGCUGUCUAAAGUGAGGAUGGUGUCGACUGACAAUAUGAAGUACAGCGGCGACCUGCUGGCUGUGAUGGAGGUCCUGAGGAACAGCACGGAGAUCUUCAGAGGCUCAAAGAUGAGCCUGAGCAAUGCAGAUGUGGAGAAUUACGCUCACACCAUCAGUAACUUACUGCUGGAGACACACAAAGAGAAAUGGGACGAAGCUCAAAUGAUGGGCGCAAACAUCAAGGAAUUCUUCAGUCUGAUCGAGAGCUUCAUUGACAUGAUCGGACGUCAGAUGAGAGAUUUCCAGGACAUCUAUGAGGUCACCGACAAUCUCGAGCUCAGUGUUCAGAAGCGUCCGCGCACCAUGACCUCUGACGUGACCUUCCCCCUGAAGGGCUGGCGAGGGAUGAUUGACUGGGUGCGCAACUCAGAAGAGAAAGUCACAGUGUCCCGCAGCGCUCUGAGUCUAGAUGUGCCAGAUGCUGAGCAGAGCACUGGGUUUGUCACCGGGAUCGUUCUCUACAGAAAUCUGGCUCCCAUCCUGUCCUUCCAGAGCAACAGCACACUGCUCAACUCGAAGGUCGUCACGGUAACGGUGAAGCCCAACCCUGGCUUCCUGUCGGCACCUGUUGAGAUCAACUUCCCACACCUGCACAAUGGCACUGUGAACGAGACCUGCAUCGCCUGGGACGAGAGCGAGAGCGCGUCUCUGCUCGGCUCCUGGUCCGCGCGCGGCUGCAGAUCGGUGGCGCGCGACUCCAGCACCGCAUGCGUGUGUGACGGACUGUCCACCUUCGCCGUGAUCGCAAGACCGAACCCCGAUCUGAACAUGGAUAAGUCUCUGUUGCCGUCGGUUACGAUGCUUGUGGGAUGCGGGGUGUCGUCCCUCACCCUCCUCCUCCUCCUCAUCAUCUACGUCUCUGUGUGGAAGUACAUCCGUUCUGAGCGCUCAGUGAUCCUGAUCAACUUCUGUCUGUCAAUCAUCUGCUCCAACGCCCUCAUUCUGAUCAGUCAGACGCAAGCACGCAACAAGGUUAUGUGUGCCUUGGUGGCGGCGCUCCUGCAUUUCUUCUUCCUGUCCUCGUUCUGUUGGGUCCUGACGGAGGCGUGGCAGUCCUACAUGGCCGUCACGGGCCGCCUGCGUAACCGCAUCAUCCGCAAACGCUUCUUGUGUCUGGGAUGGGGUCUGCCCGCUUUAGUCGUCGCCAUUUCGGUCGGCUUCACCAAAGCCAAAGGUUACGGCACCGUCAACUACUGUUGGUUGUCUCUUGAAGGCGGACUCUUGUACUCGUUCGUGGGUCCGGCCGCUGCUGUCGUUCUGGUCAACAUGGUGAUUGGAAUUCUGGUUUUCAACAAGCUUGUGUCCAAGGAUGGCAUCACAGAUGUUAAGCUGAAAGAGAGGGCUGGGGCGUCGCUGUGGAGCUCCUGUGUGGUUCUCCCUCUUCUCGCGCUAACGUGGAUGUCUGCCGUGUUGGCCAUGACGGACCGCCGCUCCGCAUUGUUCCAGAUCCUCUUCGCAGUCUUCGAUUCUCUGGAGGGAUUCAUCAUUGUCAUGGUGCACUGCAUCCUGCGCAGAGAGGUUCAAGAUGCGGUGAAAUGCCGUGUGGUGGACCGCAAAGACGAUGGGAAUGGCGAUUCCGGCAGCUCCCUGCAGAACGGCCACACGCAGCUUGUGUCUGACUUUGAGAAGGACGCCGACUCAAACCGACCAGGUGGAAUGAAGAGCUCCACCGAGGAGAAGAUGCCCCCUCCACAGAUGUCCCUGCCCCUCGGCCCAAACUUCCACACCCUUCCAUCCAACCCCAGCGGAAAGAGCCACAUUCCCCCCGUCCCUGAGUACUCCAGCCACACGCUCACCCUGCGGAGAGAGAAAGGUCACGGAGUCGACCCAUCCUGUGGCAAACCUGUGUACGUGUGUGACAGCGAGCUCUUCAAGCAGCUGGAUGUUGAUCUGGCCCUCGCUCAGGCCGAGAGCGUCUGUUCGGAUGGCAGCGGUUAUGUGCUCCUGCCCAACACCACCUCCACCCUUCGUGCCAAACCCAAGGACGACUCCAGCGGCUCCAGCAAAUACAACAUCAGCACUGAGCUCCCGCAGGCCCGUCUCAUGCAUCUGAGCGGAACCUACGCCGAACCUCAAGCUGCCUAUGCCGUCAAGACUCUUCCCGCCGACCGUGUCAGCGUAUCGUAUUCGGAGCGAGACUCACCCAUUCAGAACAUCCACAACAUCUCCAGCGAGAGUCACAUGACCAGCAGUCUGGGCGACACCUUCGACUCCAUGAACUCCAUGAUGUCCAAGAGUGAAACCAUCUCCACCUUGUCCAUGAGUUCUUUGGAAGUCAGCGAGGGGAGGCAGAAAUCUCGUUACGCAGAACUGGAUUUUGAGAAAAUCAUGCACACACGGAAACGCCAUCAGAACAUGUUCCAGGACCUCAAUAGGAAGAUGCAUCAUGCUGAGAAGGACAGGGAGUCACCGGCAUCCGACAGCAAGUCUGUCAGAUGGAGCGUUUCCUCCGCUGGAAGCGACAAGACAAACCACAGCGAUAAGCAGCAGGGCGCAAUGGAUCGGUCCUGGGAGAGCAUGAGCAGGUCACAGGCGUCUCCUCCUACCUGGGUCCGGAAGGACAUGGAGCCAUUGCAGGCGUCUCCUCUGGAUCUCCAGGGUGUGGAAUGGGAGAAGGCCGGAGCGACCAUCCCUCUGGUGGGCCAAGAUAUCAUCGACCUGCAGACAGAGGUGUGAGGGCAUAGCGUUUAACCCUGAACACCUCGGUCUGCUUUUGAUUUGGGAAAGAGAGAGAAAAUGAAGGGAUGAGCAUGCAGAGGGCAGAAGGUAGAGAAGAACCCGAGAGGGGAGCGCUGUACCUGUCUGUCAUUUGAAUAUGUGUCUCUCCGGCUUCAGAAGUAGCUCUCAGCUCAAGAUGACACUGACCUCAGUCAUUAGAAGGCGUCUAAACAGGGAGAAAGGUUUUCCGAACUCCAUGUGAGGAGAGAUUCCUGGUUGGUUCAUCGAGAGCUCUUCCCAGCACGCUUCCAUCUGGUCCAGGAGGUGGUGUGGACGCCCGCCUGUGCCCUUUCAUUUUUCUGCAAUUCCAUUUUGGAAUGGGUGAAUCUUCCCACAGGAGGGUCGAACGCUUUCUUGGCUGCUCGAGAUUGGCCCUUUGCGGCCCCUUCCAGAGUUGUUAGCUGUGCCAAAUGGACACAGAUGAACUGCCGACGCUGUGGUCUUUGUUUUUGAUGCUUUGCGUUAAGCAUUUCUGGACGCUUCCAUCAAACUUUGGGGAAAUAAUUGUCCUGAAUACUUGACUAUAAAGAGCUGAGCAUUUACUUUCCAUGAUUCCUCUUGUUAUUGUAACAAGUUAUUAUUAUGAAUGUUAUUUCUUUGUUCUUAUGAUCAUGUUUCUCCUCUUGUCUUCAUACCUGUGUUCAUCGAGGUUUAUUUUUAACUACUGUAUGAAACCAUCCGUUCAUUCCCGAAACAGCAGCAGGACGAAGUAUCCCAGCAUGAACAGCUGAUAUUCUCAGCAUUCUGGGUAAUGUAGUUGGAGCAGCAGUGACUGUGUAGCCUUGGACUCUUUGAGGACGAGCUGUUGUUUCCUCCUCCGCUCCAUUGGAUCAGACCACUGUGUUCCCUCCAUUCCCACCAGCGGCUCUUUCUACGGCCUUUUGAACGAAGCCCUAGCACACGUUAUGGGCUCCUGCCCACCUGUGAACUUCCGCAGCGCCGGCGGGAGAAAUUCCCAGUGCAGUAUUUAUGCCAAACAAUAGACUGGCAUCAGUGCAAUAUGAGGACAGAUGCUUGAUGCCCAAGCAGGACUGACAUUAGAAUUUUGGCAGUUUUUUUAACCAUUUUCAGAGUUUUAUAUCAUCUUUAUAGAGCAUAUAGAAACCUUUAUGACAACACUGUUCAUGGACUCUAUUGGCUGUUAAGCAAGAAGGACAAAACAAGACGUUCUGUCUUGCUACUAAAAGAACUUUCAGGAAAGAAAAAUAUGAUAUCAGAGUAAUAGCCUAGAGAUAUAUCUGACUGUGCUUCAGGAAAAUGCCCUAGAGUUUUUUACUUGAUUCCUUCAUAUUGCUGAGACACUGAACCCUCGGUCGUCUGUACGGUCUCUUGUUUUAUGAACCUGUUUGUCUCUGUGUGUGUGCCGAUAUCCUUCCUCGCGUCUCUACGUUCAUGUGAGGUUCCCGAUGUCUGUCUGAAUCUCUGAAUCUGUGAUUGUACAAU